AUUUAAGAAUGGCUUCCUUUAGACCAUAGUCUUCAUAAGCUGUUUCAGUCAGAUCACCUAGUAGAAGUAUGAAUAUAUAAUUUUAAGUCAGUUAUUCCAAUAGCAUCUAAUAUGGGUCGUUCUUACGUAAUUCCAGCAGCUUAAACUUUACCAACAACAGUAAUAGUAAAAGAGAAGAAUCAAGUUUCAUAUGAUAAAGAAAGAGAAAAUGAUGAUGAAUAUAAAGAUGAAUUAGAGUUGUGGAAAAAGAAAUAUUUUACAUUAGAAGCUUAAUUAGCUAAAUAUGAUAUAGAAAACGAAAUCGUAUUUUAUUAAUAUGAAUAUUUAAGAAGGAUGAAUUACAAUCAAGAAUUAUAGGUUCUUAAGAAGAUGCUAAAAAGUUUUAAAUAGAUAUGUCCAAAAUUCAAAUAGAUAUGGAUAAUCAAAGAUCAGAAAUGAAUGAUUUAAUCAUUGAAAAUUAAAAAUUACUGAAUUAAUAAGUAGAAGUAGAAAGACUAUAAAAAUUAGUUGCUGAAAGAGAACAUACUAUUGAUGAAGUAUCAAUUAAAUUUAAUCAUUAGUUAUCUUAAAAGUGUUAAGAAUAUUAAAAAUAAUUAUAAGAAUUGGAAGUAUUUCAAUAAGAAAUAUAAGACAUACAUAACCAAAAUGAAGGUAAAGAUAGAAUUUUAGAAUAAUGGAAAUCAAAGUAUUCUGAAAAUGAUUAAAAGAAAUAAAAAGAAAUUGAUGAAUUAAAAUUAAAAUUAGCAGAAUUCAAUCCAGCAGAAGUUUAAAGUCUUAAAAGCUAAUUUGAAAGAGAGAGAUAAGAAUGGUAGAAUAGUUAAAAAAAAUUAUAAUAAGAUUUGGCUGAUGCUCUAAAAUAAUUAGAUCAAUGGAAAAUCAAAUAUAAUGUAACUAUUAAAAUUUAUUUAUUUUAGAAUCUUGAUAUCCAACAUUAAUAACUUUCAUCUGCAUAAAAAGAGUCUGUUGCUAGAAUUGAUUCUUUAAAUUAAGAAUAAAAUAAGUUAACAGUUUAAGUACAUAAAUUGAAUGAUGACAAAUAAAAGUUAUAAAUUGAAUUAGAAGCUACUAAAGGAUAAUUAAAAUUGCAUUCAGGAUUGAUUUCAGAAUUAGAUAGAUUAAAAAAAUUAUUAACAGAUAAAAGUUCAGAAUUUUAAUAAUUAUAAUAAUAAUUAUAAUAAAAAGACAUUGAACUUAAUAAUGCUGAUUUAACAAUCUCAGAAUAAAAUUAAAAGAUUAAAUCAUUAUCUUUAUUAUAAUAAGAAAAUUAAAGAUUAUCAUAAGAAUUAGAUUAAUAACAUAGACUUAAUGAAUAAUUAAAUUAGAAAAAUGCAGAAUUAUUGAAGAAUCUUGAUCGAUUUAAACUUUUAGAAGAAGAGAAAAUGUAAUUAGAAAACAAAGUUAGUAUGUUAGCAUCAGAAAUAGAAAGAUUGAAAGUAUAAUUAAAAUAGAAAAAUGAUAAAAUUUUAUAAAUGUAAGAAUAACUCAAAAGUUUGUAAGAAUAAUUAAAUCGAAUUGCAGAUUUAGAAAAUUAAAAUGAAGAUUUAAUUCGUCAAUUGGAUUAAGCUAAUCAUACUAUUGAUGAAUUAGAAAAGAAAUUGUUAGUCAUUACAGAACUUGAGCAAAAACUUUAAGAUGCAAAUAAUAAAAUAUAUGAUUUAGAGAAUAAAGUUGCAAUGUUAAGUGCUGAAUCUCAAAGAUUAAGAUAUCUAAAUGAUUAGAAGACAGAAUAAUUAAAAAUGGCUGAGUAAUAGUUAUCCGAUCUCAAUCUUCUUAAAGAAUAAUUAAAUUAAUUAUAAAAUAAAUAUGAUGCAUAACAAUAAAUGAACUAAAAUUAUUAAAAUGAAUUAGAAAAGCUUAGAGGAUAAACAACUUAAGCUGAUACUAAUAUUGCUGAAUUAAGAAGAUAAUUAGAUGAAUAAAAAGCAUAGAAUAUUGUUCAUAAAUAAUCUAAUUCUGAAUAAGUAAUUGCAGAUUUAUAAUAAUAAUUAAGUUCCUUAUAAUAAAGUUAUAAAAAAGUAUCUGAAUCAAAUUUGGCAAAUGAAGAAGAUCCAACUUUAGAUUUAUAAAAUAGAUUAAUAUUAUUAAAAUAAGAAAAUUAAAGAUUGAAUUAAACUGUUUAAUAAAAGAACUAAGAAGUCUUAAAUCAUUAAUAAUAAAAUUAAUAAUUAUAAAAAGAUUUAUUGUCUUUUGAUACUUUAAAAGUUCAAAUUCAAGAAUUACAUGAAUAAAAUUCUGUUUUGUAAGAAUAAUUAUAAAAUGAAUAAAAAGGUAGAUAAGGUUUAGAAUAAAGAAUUUAAUAAUCAGAAUAAGAAAAAUAUGAUCUUUAAAGUAAAUGUGCUAUGCUUUCAACACACAUUGAAGGAAUGAAAUAUAAACUUGAAAAAAUGGAGAAUGUUGAUGAACUUAAAAAAUAAAUUUAAGAUUUAUAAGCAUAAUUAGCUGAAAUGGAUGCAUUAAGAUUAGAAAUUGAUAGCUUAAAUGAAAGAAUAGCUGAAUUAGAAAGAGAAUUAAAAUUAUGGAAAACAAAACAUGAAUAAUUGGAUUAAUAAUAUUAAUAAUUACUUCAUAUAAAAGAAUAAAUGGAAAAUAAAUUAGCUAUGCUUUCAUCUGAAAUUGAAAGAUUAAAAGUACUGAAUUAAAAGAAAUAAGGAGAAAUUGAUUAAUAAAAUUAAGAAUUAAUGAAAAUGGAUUAAGAAUUAAAUGAUUUACAUGCUUAAUUAGAAGAUAUUAAUGAAUUAAAAACAUAAUUAAAUUCCCUUGAAAACUAAUUAUAAUAAUAAAUUGAUGAAAAUUAAAAUAAAUCUGCUGAAAUUACUCAUCUAAAAUAAUAAGUAGCUGAAAUAGAGGGAUUACUUGUUAAUUAAGAAGAUCUUUAGAAUUAAAUUAAGAAAUUAGAAAAGGAAUUAUAAUCAAGAGAUGAAAUCAUAGAAUAGUUCAAAUAAAAAAUGACUUAAUUAGAAAGUAAAAUAGCUGAACUUGAAGAUAUUAAAGUAUUUUUUUUGUUUAAUUAAAUUAGUAUAAAUAUGAAGAUAAAAUGGCUCUAUUGAGCAGCGAAGUUAAAAGACAUGAGUAUAAAGCUAAGAAAUUAGAAGAAAAAUCUAAUGAUCUAUAAGUUUAAGUUGAACAUUUAACUCUUGAUUUAAAUGAAGCAGACUAAAAAAUUGUGGAAUUAGAAAAAGUAUAAUUUUAUAUUUAACAUUUUAAGGAUUUAGGACAAUGGAAAUUUGAAUAUUCUAAAUUGAAUAGUCUUCAAUAUAAAAUAGAUGAAUACAGUUUCUUAUUAGUGGUUUCAUUUGCUGAAAUUGAAGCUUUAAGAUCAUAAAACUCUUCAUUAAAUGAAUAAUUAGAUAAUCAAUAAAAAACAAAAGUAGCCUUAGCCCUAGCAAAUUGAGAAGUAUAAUAAUA